AUGGCUGAAGACGAAGAAAGAUCGCCGCUCCUGGCGGGCAAGGGCAAGGGCAGGGCCGAAGAUGACUCCUCAUUGUCCGAAUCGGCGCCUCUGUUGUCCAGCUCUUCUGCGACGCCCCGAUACGAUGGCGAGCAAGAUGACCCAGAGAGGUCUCGCGCCGCCUCCCUCGCUUCGAACCCGCCGAGCACGACCACUAAGAGUUCUGUACGAUGGGCGUCAGUGAUAUCCAUCACCGUAUUGAUAUUGUUGGUAUUUGGUAUCAUGGCCGGUUGCUUCUUCGUACCCUCGGCAGUUCAAGAGUAUGCGAAGCAGGCUGCCGUCGUCGAGCCGACGAAUCUGGCCCUAGAAUCAAUCACGACGGAUGGUGUGCGGGCACGUGUUCAGGCCAACUUCAAGCUUGAUGGCUCUAGGGUCCAGGACACGACAUCUCGAAGGAUUGGAAAGUUUGCAACUUGGAUUGUGAGGCAAUUGGGAACAGAACAGACAAAGGUUGGCGUGUUCUUGCCAGAAUACGACGACGCUUUGCUCGGCACUGCUGUUGUGCCGCCACUCACCAUUAGUAUCGUCGAUGGCCAAACUACCGCGAUCGAUUUCAUCGCCGAACUGUCACCCGGUGACGCCGAAGCGUACCGAAAGAUUGCCAACGAAUGGCUAGAUGGAAAGCUCGACCAGCUAAGGGUGCUUGGAAAGGCCAACAUUCCACUCAAGUCCGGAAUCCUCCCACUCGGCACUCAUUCAGUGAGCGAGGUCUUGGUAUUUGAAGCGAACCAAAUCCCAACGUUGCCGCAGUAUAACAUUUCCCGCCUCAACUUCCGAGACCUGCCAGACUCGGACGGCCAGCGAACAGCUGUCGGCGCCGACGUAGCCAUCACCGCCUACAACGAGUUUCCCGUCAGCUUAGAUGUACCGGAACUUGGCUUUGAAGUUCUGGUUCCCAACUGCAAUUCUUUUGACCCCUACAUUCUUCUUGCCGACGCCACAACCAAGCCCCUCUCAAUCAAGCCACGAACCGAUGUCACUGUCAACGUCUCUGGUAUCAUCCGAGAGCUCCCAAAGUCACUGACAAGAGUUUGCCCUAACUCGAAGUCAUCACCUCUGGACAAAUUCUUGGAUCAGUACAUGCACGGCGAGGCUGCUACUGUCUACGUUCGUGGUCGCAAGAUGCCCGAUUCAGACACCCCAGACUGGGUCGGCGACAUUCUGUCCGAGAUCACUGUUCCUGUUCCCUUCCCGGGUCAGGGUUUUGACAACCUCAUCAAGAGCUUCUCGCUCACCGAUGUGAACUUUCAAUUGCCCGAUCCUAUGGCGGACCCGGAUGACCCUGAUGGAUCGCCAAAGGUUUCGGGUACGGUUGAGGUUCUCGCGAGUCUUCCGAAAGAGAUGAACUUUGACAUCAAUGUCACGGAUUUGAGAGCCACGGCAGACGUUAUGUAUCAGAACAAGAAACUCGGGGAACUCAACCUCGACAAGUGGCAGUCCGCUAACUCAACAAAAGAGGCUGGCGACGAGAAACACGAGCCUCUCCUGAGAAUCACGUCCCGGGUCAUUGAUGCUCCCCUCAAUAUCACCGAUGGCGAUGUCUUGACGGACGUUAUGCAGAGACUUCUCUUCGGCGGAAAGCAGGUCCUACUGGACGUCAAGGCCAGUGUCGACAUUCGAGUUAAUACGGCUCUUGGAAACUUGGUCUUGAAGGAUGUCCCUGCUGAGGGCAAAAUCCCGGUAAAACCUCUCCCUGGCGACACCUUUGGCAGCAUUCACCCACAAGUGGGAGACGUGAAGAUUAUCAGUACCUCUUCCUCAGCGAUGACGCUUGAGGCGUUGGUCAACAUCACAAAUCCGACACCGUACACAGCCUCCAUACCAUAUAUCAACAUACAUAUUGUGAGGGACGGUUUCGUGCUUGGCAGUGCUACUGCCGAGAAUCUGACAGUCGAUAAGGGCAACAACACAAAUUUGCUUGUGAGAGCAAAUUGGGACCCAACCGCCGAGGGCGAAGCUGGCCGCAAGAUUGCCAGUGAUAUGAUAUCAGAAUAUCUCUCCGGACGCAAUGUCACCAUAGACGUCAAGACUCAUCGAGGCACAAUUCCGACUGCCCCUCUCAUUGGCGAGGGCCUAUCAAAGCUGAAUAUCAGCAUUGCCGCUCCGAAGUUGGACCUUCCCGGAGAAGGCGACAAGAAGGGACACUUCAUUAGAGAUGCGACUUUCCACGUGCUUUCCUCUACAGCGACGUUUACCCUAGUGUCUCCGCUACGGUACAACACCAUUUAUGUUGAUUGGAUCAACGCUACAGCGUUGUAUAAUCACACAGAGCCGGUCGGCCGUAUUGUCUAUGGCCUGCCCUUUGCGGCGCCGCCGGGAAUGUCUGUAACGCCCAGGCUGCCUGUUGACUGGUCUGCAGGAUCAGUGGGCUAUGAUGCCGUGAAGAGAGCGAUUGGAGGUUCCCUAACCCUUGAUGCGAGUGCGAAUGUCACUGUACGGAUUGGGAAUUGGAAGGAUACGGUCUGGUACGAGGGCCAGGGAAUAGGUGCAAGCAUUCGUUUGUAA